GGACCAUCGAGCAAACAUGGCGGCUUCGCAAUAGCUGGAAAGCUAGAGCGAGCAAAAAUGAAAUGAUUUCUCUUCAGUGUUAUUGUCCACAGUCGCACCUGCAGAAAGACACAGUCCCUGGGUCUCCUAGGAAUGUCUGGUUUGAAGGAGAGUGCCAAAGUAGAGGAAAAUGACACCUCAAUGUCAAACAUCUCUCAGGAACUUUUGAACAGCCAGUCAUUCUGUCCACUGGGGACUACAUCAGAAACAUCACUGCUUUGUCCUCAAGACACUAUGGCACUACUCUGUGACCAAGGAGACCUCCUGACCACUAUUGGUUUUAUGGACUCCAUCUGUACAGAUGGACCAGCUAAAGCUGCUUAUGUCAAUGGAUCCACCUCACCCAAUAUCUCAGAUGAAAUAUUGUUGGAUAUUUCAAAAAAUGUACCAGGAUUCCUUCCUAGAUCUUUUCAUGCACAGAAUUCUGUCACAACCAACGUCCACUUUGAAGAACCUGAUCCACUCAGAAAAGAGGGGGAAAUAACAAUUAAGCAAACAUUAACUGCAGAGGAUGUGGAAAAUAGGGGAAUAUGGGGCUUUGAUUCGGAAUCGCCAGACGGCUCAUUAGAUCAUUUUGAUGAUGUAAAUAACCUUAGUUGGGAUCCCCAGAAAGAAUUUAUGAAGUUCUUCUGGGAUGAUGAUAAUGGUAUUGAAAUGGAGGGAAACUUGCCCCCUGUUGCCUCACCCAUCAAUCAUAAAAGAAAGGUUUCGUCACCGCUCGGCCAUGAAAGAAGAAAAUGUAAAUCAAAAAUUUUACUGAAAGUAGAUCCCUCUGAGGAGCUAUACCCAAAUUUUGAUUUUGAUUCAAAAAAUGAUAAACACGGUGAAGGAAGUCAGACAGAUUGCAGUACACAUAAGAAGAUUCGCUCUCCAAGGAAACCAUCCAAAUCACGAUCACCCAUUGUAAAAACUACAAAGUAUUUAAAUGGAGCUGCUGAAGCUGCCAAACACCCUUUUCCCAAACAAGCAAAAAAACCUAUCGGCAAGACACAAAGAUUUGGAUUGACUAGAAAAAAUUUGACAACAGACUCAAGUUCUAAGGCGCAGCCUAAAUUUCUUCCAUGUAACAACAGUUUUACAGAGAAAUCUAAAGAAUACAGACAAACUACAUUUAAUACAGACACACCCAGUUCAAGGCCAUUCAUAUGUAAGGAAUGUGGACAGUGUUAUCAAGAUCAGAGUUCGAUGUUGAAUCAUGUAAACGUUCACCAGUUAAAGGAACAAAAAAACAUGGAGGAAAUAAAUGAGGUGCGUAAAAUGAAAGAUGCAAAGUUGCAGUGCCCCCAGUGUACCUUUGGAACAAACUGUCCAAACACGUUUGUCAAACAUGCCAAGACCCAUGAGAAGGACAAGAGGUACUACAGUUGUAAUAAGUGUGAUUUUGUGGAAAUGAAUGAAGUUGAACUAAGACGUCAUUUGGUUCAAAAGCAUGGUAUCAGUGAUUCUGAUCUGACAAUUUGGAAAUCGGAUGGAGUUCAGUUACGCAAAGUCGAUAGAUCAGACAAAAAUUGUGCAGCACCUCAUCCAUUCUCAAAAAGUAUCCAAAGCCAUUCAAGACUCGACAAAUCAAUUCACACACUUUUAUCCAGACAGAAACACAGCAACCAGAGUGCCUCAGAAUGCAACUCUCAUCAGAGUCCUUAUGCUAUCAGUGCAACAGGGUUUCUUGACACAGACAUAUGUCUAAAAGAUGAUUCCUUUGAUUGUGAGACCACAUUGUCUAGAACUAAAAGGACUUCAUCCCCUUCAAAGUGUGUGAAAAGACCAGUUGGUUCUAAAGAACGGAAAAGAAAAAGCACUUCUAAAUUUGACGGAAACAGCACUUGUUUAAAAGAUUUUGGAAAUCGGUCAACCUCCAACUACACAAAUUUAGGCUUGGAGAAGCAAACAUUAAAGAAGUCACCCUCAAAAAGGAAAACGACAACUCCAUUCCCCAAUAUGCAGGGCCAAGAUCUUCUUUUAGAUUUUCCAAAAUGUAGACAAAAUUUCAAGAAACAUGAAACAUCCAACAAUUAUUUUUUGAGUGAUUCUAAUCAUGAUCUUGGUGCAUGCCUAACUGAAGAAAGUGAGGUUAAAGAGGAUCUUAAUGUCAAUACACAUUUGGUAAGAAGACAGACUUUACUUGCAAAGGGAGGACUUUGUGCCUCAAGUAAUCACUUUGAGAGAGAUCAUGGUUCUACAAGGACGUUUUCUGUCAAGGAAAAAGAGGUUUACGAUGAAGGCUCUGAGACAAUCCCAGUUGUGAAACAUGAAUCGUACUCAGAUCUUGAGAAGGAUCUAAACGCUUGUCCUUACUUUCCUGCUGAUUUUGAGUCAGCAAAGGUGGACACAUCCCAGACUAAACAUCAUGCAGAGCUGACAACUGACUACCAACAAACAGAGCUCAUGUGUCCACUCUGUAUGGAGGUUUUUGACACAAGGACUGGGCUGUCCAAUCAUGUACGAGGUCAUCUGAAGAGACUGGGAAACCCUGCUUCCACUACAUCAAAAUCUCCAGUGAUCCUAUUGAAAGAACUGAUGCGUGACAAGAAACAGUUUGAGAUGAAGUUGCAGGUUCUUGAAAAGAAGUGUCGUGGUUCCAGUUCUCUCUAUCCUAUAAUAUUGAGAAACGGUCUAACCUUCACAUCUAAAACACCCAGAGAAGAGAAAUGGAUAGAGAAUUCUAAAAGCUCACCACCAAGUGAUCUGAUUGGAUUUUUGAAGAAAAUGAGGGCAAAUGAAGAGACCGAAGCCAAGCAGCCAUCCCACACAGACUCAUUCACAGAGGUGGACACAUUCAAGACCCAGACUGAACAUCAGCCAAAGCUGCCGACUGACUGCAAAUUGACAGAGCUCGUCUGUCCACUCUGUAGGGACAGGUUUGAGACCGGUACUGGGCUAUCCAAUCAUGUACGAGGCCACCUGAAGCAACUGGGAAAACCUACUUCUACUGCAUCAAAAUCUCCAGUUAUCUUAUUGAAAGAACUGAUGCGUGACAAGAAACAGUUUCAGAUGAAGUUGCAGGUUCUUAAAAAGAAGUCUUGCGCCUCCAAUUCUUUAUAUGCUGUAAGACUGAGUAACCGUCGAACCUUCAGAUCUUCUGGCAAACGGUAUAAACAUGUGUAUUCUCGAUCCAGAGAAGAAAAGAAAAGCAUAGAGUCUAAUAAAGGCUCACCACCAAGUGAUCUGAUUGGGAUUUUGAAGAAAAGAAGGGCCCAUGAGGAGACCAAAGCCAAGCAUCCAUCCCACACAGCUAGAAAGGCUCUCAUUUUGCCUUCAGGCAAAGAAAGUGGCCUGGUGAUAGAACCUGUCAAAAUGGAGCCCAAUUCACUGACAGAUAAAUGUGAGCUCAAUAGAAAAGUAUGUGAGCACUGUAAUGCCACUUUCCACAGUGGUGUAAGCCUCUCCAAUCAUCUGAGAGCAUAUGCACAAAGGAAGAAAAAAGCACUCCUAGAUGGAACAUCCUAUGACUGUAAACAGAGAAAGCAAAGAUCAAGGUCUGGUUCAAAGAAGAAACCCCAUCUAUUGCUGCACACUCCAGAAGAAAUCUAUACACUUACUUGCAGGUUUUGUGAUCUAGUCUUCCAGGGCCCUUUGUCUGUACAGGAGGACUGGAUAAAGCAUUUACAGAGGCACAUCAUGAAUACUGCUGUACCGCACACAGGGGCAGGAAUGGUGGAAGUUACCUCCUUCCCCAAGGACUCUUGCCCCAACACAGAACCUCACACACAACCUUCAGUAAUGCAAAAAUCCUCAUGAGCCCAGGAAACUUAAGACAGAAUUUGUCCUAGGAAUAUCACUUGUAUGUAAAUUGUUUGGUUCCCACUUACAUUUUUAUAUUGUCAUCAAUACUGGAUUGAUUUUUUUCUCUCUCGUAAUGAGGAUCAACUUUCAUUACAAACAACUUUUUAGGAAUUAUUACAUUGUGCUGGUCUUGUACGUGGUUGAUCAAUGAACGUACAAAUGGUGGGUGAAUGUGUUAAGAUGUUUGUGGAACCCACCACGAAAAGACAACUUUUACCUCAGAUGAUUUUCAAGGCUUCUUGUGCUGGGUUUAAUUCAUAUUGGGUUUGAAGUUUAAGUAUAAAUAUUUACUUGAUUAUUAAUUUUAUGACCCAUAAAACACACCAGUCAUUGUGUGAAUCAAAUUGUUCUAUGGCUAUUUAGCAGUCCAGACAGUAUGCAUGUCAUAUCAUCCUCAUUACACCAUUUAUGUUCCAGUAACAUUUUAAUUUGACCUAUUAACCUCUUUUGAUUCUCUUAGAUUGCCAUGUGUGCUGGAAUAAACCCCCAUUAACUGUUUCUUGUGUAGGCCAUUUUUUCAGUUCUUUUUGUGUAUAAACCUUUUUAAGUAAUUUAUGUGAAAUGUACAUCUCUAUAAACAAUUUUGUUGUUCAACAUAAAAUAAAAAUGUUUUGGUUGUCUUAAUAUUAAGCUGUGAAUGUAACAGUGCCAUGUGAUAUGUAUGUAAAUGUGUUCAUAUUAACCAGCCUUUCUUUCCAAGGGUCUUUGUCACAUAAAAUUCAAGCCUAAACUUUUUAUUUUUGUCACCAAAAUUUAAAUGACAUUUAGCAAAAUAUUUUUUUUUUAUUAUAAACGGUAGCAGUAGAAUAGCUUGAUCUGUAGGGCUUGGUGUCUUUAAAUGUGGCACAUUUGCCUAAUUUAUCCCUGGCUAGAAAUUAAAAAUGUCAGAAGGGUGGGCAAGUCUUCUCUAAACCAGCAAUGAUUUUAAAAGAAAGGAAAACCAGAUCUAACAUCUGAUGCAUAGUAUCAGGUAAAGUCCUGAAUCUACUAAAGAAAAUUACAGUGCACAUUCAACUGCCAUGACAAGUUCCAAAGGCACCUUAGAAUAUAAGAACAAGUCUUGCAACUAAAUUAAUUUUCUUUUUCUUUUUUUGCUCAAAGGUAAUAUUCUUUGCAAUUGUCGGAGGUAAGCACUUUAUGUUUGAGCACAGUGGUGCAUAUUAAUCUCGUUAUUUAUUUAAAAAAAAAAAAAACACUGUACCUUAUACAACAUUGUAACGUAGUCCAUGAAUACGAUUUAAAGACUAACAAUCAGAGAAUAUAUAGAUUAAGGCAUUAAUUACAUUGCAGUGACUUUUUUAAGGCUGUUCAUAAGACACUCUUUAAGGCAUGAAGAUACAAACAUAAUGAUAAUUCAUAGGAGAGGGCCAGUGAACCCCCAGCAGCUCGAAAAUGUCACUGUUGUUAUAAUCAAGAGAGUUGCAGGAUGUGCAUCCUCCCUUUUGACAGUCUGUAAUAUAUGAUAUGUGUCUUAUCAGCCAAGUACAAUUGGCAAGCGAAAAGACACAACAUGUUUCACUCUUAAAACGCUAAACACACUACAUAUCCUCAACAGCAUUUAAAAGAAAGGAAAACGGGGAAAAGAUUUCACUUUGGUCAAUGGCUAAUAGCCUCACUUUUCUUCUAGAAGAGAAAACAAUUCCAGUGCAAUAGAUUUUCCAAUAACUGAGCUGAAAAACACAUUAACCUACUAUAUAAAAAGUAGAUUGAAAAGUGUGUAGAUGUUGGCUUGACAAAGUCUUGUCUGAAAGUUAAAAAUUAGAAGUUGAAAGUCUGAAUGUUUUACAUGCCCAACAGUAAGAUAGACGAUAGACAAAUACUAACAUGUUCUAGCAUGUAAAUAAGUGUUGCUAUCAUGUUGCUAGCAUACUUUAGCAUGUUAUCAUGGCUAUCAUUUUAGGUGUUGUUAGCAUAUAACUUGGCAUUACUACCAAGUUUUAGCAUGUAGAUAGGCAUUGCAUGCAGCUAGAGGUUGCUAACAUGUUUUAACAUGUAGCUAGGUAUGGCUAACAUGUUGCUAGGUGUUGUUAGCAUGUUUCUAGGCAUUGAUAACAUGUUUUAACAUGCAGCUAGGUGUGGCUAGCCUGUUGUUAGGUGUUGUUACCAUGUUUCUAGGCAUUGCUAUUGUGUUUUAACAUGUAGCUAAGUUUCGCUAGCAUGUAGCUAACCAUUGAUAACAUGUUUUAACAUGUAUCUAAAUGUUAUUAGCAUGUUUUAGAUGUUUCUAGCAUAUUUUAACAUGUAGCUAGGUUUUGCUAGCAUGUAACUAAGAAUUUAUAACAUGUAGCUAGGUGUUGCUAGCAUGUAUCUGGGUGUUGGUAGCAUUUUUUUUUUACAUAUAGCUAGACGUUGCUAACAUGUUUUAGCAUUGUUUUUCUAGUCAUGCAUUAAAUGUUUUAGCAUUUUGCUAGGCUUUGCAAGCAUUCUGGUAGUACUUUCUAGCAUGUUUUAGCUGGUUGCUUGGGUAUUUAAGAGAGAGAGAGAGAGAGAAAAAGAUAAUGACAAUGGAGGAAAAGAUUGAACGAAAUAUGGAUUCGAUAGACCAGCUUAAGGCCUUGUGUGGGUUUUUUUACAUUUAAAAUUUUGACAGUUGUAAUAGUCUUGGCUCAUCUGAACUUUCUGUCAAUGUAGGUUAAUGGGAUUUUCCAGUUUUUGAUUGUCCAUGUUGCGGAAACCGUAAAGGCAGGUGCACACCGGACGAGAAGCGCCACACUGUCGUGUCACGGCUAGGACAAGGCACAGAUAUCAAACACAGUGUGCGUCGAUGUGGUUCAGGUACACACAAAAGUUACCAAGGUUUAUCCAUUCUUCAAGAAGGAACCAGGCUAGAGUUAAUAAUCAAAAUCCUGUGUGUGUGACCCGCUUAAGUCUGUUCAUUUAGAAAAGAAAUAGUAGCUAGAGUCAGACCAGCUUUAAGGUCUUUAUCGAGUUUGGUGGCUGUAGAUAGAAAGCUCUAGGAGGAGUUACAGUUGGAUAUUUUGUUCUUACUCAAACCAAAAUAAUAAUGCAAAUGCAUGUAUAUAAUUCAAAUAUUUACAGGGCAAAUUAUUUUUAAGGCGAUAUCAAAGCAAACUCUACAUAAAAAUAUAUUUUGUCUGCAACUAAAUUAAUGCAACAUCUAAGCUUGUAACAGGCAUUGCAAAACAGUGUCACUUUAUGCAGUCUAUUUUUGGCAAAUAGAAGCAAACUGUACAGAAGCGAGCACAAACCUGUUUUGUGCAAUGUUCCUCCUUUAUAUUGUCCCAUGUGUAUUUUUGCAUCCUGUCUUUGAGGCCCACUUAUAA